AAUAAUAAGUUAGAUUAUAAAAGACUUAGACCUUUCGAGAUUAUUAAAAAAGUCUUAUUAAUUAAUUAUAAAUUAAGAUUACUAAAUAUAAUACAAUAUUAUCCCGUUUUUUAUACUUUAUUACUCGAACUUAUACUAAGAAGUCUAUAUAUAAAAGAUUAUAUUAUUAUUAAACUAAACUAA